AUGUGGACACUAUUGCUCGGUCUACUGUUCGCCAGCAAUAUUCUUGCCGCGCACAAGUUCCGAGCGCCUGAGGAUGGCUACCGGAAUCUCAUUGACCAACCCGCCUGGGAGCAGAUGCUGGCCAUGAUCGAUGCCAGCCGUAGUGCCCUCGAGAUAAUUGCCAAUACGAAAGAAGAGCCACAGCCACGUUCUUUCCGUGACCCGAAGUCGUUGAAGGAGUACCAAAACUGGCUGCGAAUCACUCAAACUUUCAAGGCUUUAUUUGGCGAUGUUGCCGACUUCCAAGAGCUGAAAAAGCGCGCAGCUGCGAUGAGAGCAGAGACCUACGACUGGCUCUUCUAUCGGAAUCGCGUCGAGAAAUCGAAUGGUCCCUCGUAUUGGAUUGUCUGCAAAGACGAUUGGAUCAAGUACAAGCCAAGCACAUUCAUGGACCCCAGAGAUAUCGAUAACGCGGACGAAGGUCGAUUUACGAUCGGCAGCCCUAACGCUAACAUACGCGGUCGGAAAAGUUUCGUGAACGGCGCGUACUACCUUCCCGGCUUGCCCAAUGACCGUUGUCUGUGGUGGGAAGAAGGUCUUUCCAAGCCAAACGAGGAUUAUCCCUUUUGCAAGCCAGGUGUCGGUGUCACAUCGAUACCGAGCAUGGGCAUCAUCAUUUGGUGCGAGGCUGGUCUUGAAGGGUCGAACUUGAACAUGCUCGACGUAGGGAGAGAUCUCGUUUCUGGUAAUCAAAUCGACGAUCGACUCUACAGCAAGUCGAUCGCACAAAAGUGGUUCAGAGAUUUAUUCAAGUACUGUCAACAACAUGAAUGGUACUGGGGCACUGGUCAGGCCGCAGCGACUCCAGAGACUGAACCCUUCACUCCGCACACGCCGAAAUCUCCCAUCAAGAAGUUCAAGACUAAGUGCAAGGACAUCAAGGACAAGUGCGGGCAGAAGUUGAAUUUCGGUGCGCUGGGCGGGAAGAAAGGCGAGACCUCGACGAACCCUUUCGGCCGACGGUUGGCAAGGAAGCGUGGUAACGGCAAAACAAUGCCUCUCGACGAUGAUGACCUCGCCGUUCACACGGUAACAAGCACGGAUUGCGAGAGCUGCGGGUUCGAGCCCAGGUGGGCGAAACGUGGUCUCGAUAGUUUCGACACUGACGACAUCGAUUUGGAGGCUUGA